AUGACUUUGCAAGGACGAUCACAGCAUUACCGUGAUUUUAAGAGUGGGAGGCAAAGAGUGAUGGUUGCAACCAGUGCUUUUGGCUUGGGAAUCGAUAUCAAUGACAUUACUAAAGUGAUAUUGUUUAGUGUUCCAAACAAAGGUUCAGAGUUAGUACAACUGGCAGGUCGUGGUGGCAGAGACCCUCGGCGUUUGUGCCUGGUUCGUUUUGUGGUCCGGCCUCAAGAUCUUAGAGAAAGUGAUAGUGCAGUUGUCAAAAUAGCAUCAAACACAGCUUGUUUGCGAAAAGUUAUUCUUCGUGAGAUUUUGCAAUUUGAAGAGCACAUACACGCUAGUGACUUUUGCUGCUCUUUCUGCUCCUCUGUCGAGCGCCCAUCUGCAUUUUCAUUGGAGCUGCCAUCUGCAAGCACUGUUUCUUGUAGUUCUCAUAGAUCUGGAACACUGAGAUCACGGCGAAUUUUGGCUGUGCAAAGGGCUGCUUUAAAAAAUUAG